AUGGCCUCCCAAAAAAGCCAGGUAAUAUUCGCGCCCUCAGAAGAACCCCCACGCGGGGUCAAAUCCGUCUUCCUGGCCGGCACAACCAGCAAAGUCGACGCGACCGACUGGCGCGAGACUCUAUCCACGCUCCUCUCCGACGCCAACAUCACCAUCUACAACCCAUACCGCGCCGACUGGGACGGCACGUGGCGCGAGGACGUCGAAUUCGAGCCGUACAGGCAGCAGGUUGAGUGGGAGCUCGACAAGCAGGACAAGGCCGACGUGGUGGUCGUCUACUUCCACCCGGCCACGCAGGCGCCCGUCAGCCUGUUGGAGCUUGGCCUGUGCGCGCGCGUGCCCGGAAAGGCCGUCGUAUGCUGUCCCGAGGGGUACUGGAAGCGUGGCAAUGUGCAGGUUGUUUGUCGGAAGUUUGGGGUUGAGAUGGUGGAGAGCGUUCAGGGUCUUCACGGUGCUAUAAUGAAGAGGAUGGGAUGCUAG